AUGUCCAAUCGUUCGUUGCUGGUGUCUGAGUUCAUUUUUGCUGGGUUUUCUGAACGACCACAGUUGCGGGUGCUCCUCUUCGUUCUGGUUUUCUCCAUGUAUGGCAUGUCCCUUGCUGGAAAUACUAUCAUCACCACUGUGAUCAGGCUCAAUCCAGUCCUUCAUACACCCAUGUACUUUUUUUUGACUAACCUAUCCCUCCUAGAAAUAUGCUACACCACCUGCAUUGUUCCUAAGAUGCUAGCAAGCUUGAUGUCAGAGCAUGGCAAGAAGAUAGCUCUCUGGGGUUGUGCUACCCAGAUGUAUUUCUUCACUUUGUUUGGAAUCACAGAAUGCUGCCUCCUUGCUGCCAUGGCGUACGACCGCUAUGUUGCUAUCUGUAACCCCUUGCGUUAUAGCGUCAUCAUGAGCCCAACAGUUUGCGUCCAGCUCUCAGUGGCCUCCUGGUCAGUAGGAUUGUUGGUGGGGCUGGGUCAGACCAACUAUGUCUUUAGCUUGACCUUCUGUGGCCCCAAUAGGAUCAAUCACUUCUUUUGUGACAUCCCGCCACUCUUGAUGCUGGCUUGUGGUGACACCUCCAGAAAUGUAAUCGCUGUAUACAUGGUGGCUGUCCUUUUUAUUACCAUACCCUUCCUGUUGAUCCUGACCUCUUAUGUCUAUAUUGUCAUCUCUGUUUUGAAGAUCCCCUCAGCCGAGGGCCGUCGGAAAGCUUUCUCCACUUGUUCCUCUCAUCUCAUUGUGGUCUCGCUAUUUUACGGGUCAGGCAUUAUCACGUACCUUCGGCCCAAAUCCAGCUAUUCAGCUGAGAGUGACAAACUGUUGGCCCUGUUCUAUACAGUGGUGACAUCCAUGUUGAACCCCAUAAUCUACAGUUUGAGGAACAAAGAGGUUAAAGUGGCUUUGAGAAGAAUGAUGGGUAAUAAACUAUGCUCUGGAGAAGAUCCACAGUGAUUGUUAUUGGAAUGGUUCCUUAUCCUUUGAGGUCCAUAUAAUCCUACUGUGAAUAUUUUUUUUUCUGACCAAAACUAGUUAUCUCUUGUAUCUCUGCUGAGACAAGUAUAUAAAUGUUGGUUGGUUGUUACUCCUUGACCAGAUAAAUAAUCUGAAUAAUUGCAAUCUAGAAAAUCUGGAGGAGAGUAUCCUCAGUAGGUGGCCCUGCCUAGUUAGAUCUCAGCAUUGGUUAGCUUUUGGAUGUGAAGUAUUGGAAGUCCCAAGUCUAUAUAUAGAUUGAAAACUGAAAAGAAAAAAAAAAUCCUGAAAGCAAGCAAGGAUAAGCCACUUCUAUUUCACAGCCAAGAAAAGACCAUCUAUUUAUUUUAAUGCUAGUUUUAAUCUGGAUUGAAUUAAUGUGAUACCCA